CUCUCUCUCUCUCACACACACACACACACACACCUGUCUGUUACUGUGCGCACGCGUGCAUGCUUCUAAAACUGCCUUCGUUCAGACUGUCGGAUAAAUCUUCUUUCUGCGCUCUGAUCGACGUGGAUCCACGUCCAGAUAAUUAGUCAGGUUCUGUUCUGGUUCUAGAUCCGCCUGUUCAUAACAUCCUGUCUCAGAAUUAGUCUGGAAAACUGGUCCACAUGAAGACCAGGCUGCAGGUUUAGUGGGCGUUCCUGGAUGUUCUAAAACGCGAAGGGGAGGCAGAAACUCCAGUUAUCGGUCCCGUCUCUGUAGAACCAGCUCCCAGUCUGACUCCAGGAAGCAGACACCCUCUCUACCUUCAGGUCUCUAAACUUUCCUUAAUCCAGGAAGUAGAAUUCUGUUAAUCAAUGAGAAAAUGUAGUGGCAGGUGAUCAGCUGACGUCCGAUGUCAUUAACAACUAUGGAUCUAAAUGAAGUCAUCAUUCAUCUACCUAGUUCUGAAUCUUUGUUUGACCCAAUUUCACCGGAAGUUCAUGAAACCCGUUGCACUGUUGAGUAAACCUGACCGGAAGUCAAAUUUGCUCCAGUUUCAGAUUAAAUGUUAAAGAGAAAGACCCGCAGAUUCACGCCGAACCAGAAUCCGAAACAACACAGGAACAGCGGGCCCAGUUAGUGAGGUCGGAACGGAGCCGGUUCUGGGUGAGAAUAUCAGAACCUCAACUACUUUUCUUCUACUUUUAUUAUGAAGGACGCUCGGACUUCCCUCCCCGAAGUUCAGCUGCGACUCGAUUCUUCUGAACCCACUCACCGGAAUCUAUGUAUCGCAGAAGUCGCUCCAGCAGACCGGCGGGCCGCAGCGGUCCCACAACCACCAGCACCGAGUAAUCCGCUACUGCAGGCCGUGAAGAACCCAGACCGCCGCCCCGCUCCGCCGCCAUCAUGGCAUGGACUGUCCACUGAUUACGUCAUUACGUACGUCCCCGUCCCGUGGACGCCAGAGGCGGGAAAUUCUUUUUAACUAGCGCCACAGACAGCCAAUCAGAAAUUGUAGUUGAGUAUUCGUCCAAUCAGAGGAGUGAGAGACGUUCAGGUUCUCCUUAGAAAACGUAGUAUUAACAGCUGACAACUUUAGAGCUGAAAAAGCCCUCAUGAUGUCGAAAUUUUAAAACUAAUAUGUGUAAAAUUCGAUGUUCAGUAUGAAACAAAUGUAAAAAACUAAAUUACAUGUUAAUCGAUAAGAGUUCAAAAUUUUUGGUCGGUUAUAACAGGAACUCUGUAAAGAAAUAUAAAAGAAAAAUAAAAAGAAGCUCAUUUACCUCUCAGGAACCAUGGUAACAGGUAAUGAGUGAUACCUACUAAGACGAAACACAGACGUUAAAAAUGUUUUCCACGAAAACUUAAUCAUUCCAUGAAACGUGUUCGUUUGGAUUAUCGCUGGUAUUUCUUACCGUUGUGGGAGCACGUGAACGCCUCGUGCCUCCGUGUCUCCAACAUGGCAGCCCCGUUGCCCGGCAGGUGCGCCUUCUUUGUGGAGAAGAAGAACCGUUUCUGCAAAAUGAUCGUUGGAAAAGGGAAACGCUUCUGCGGAGAGCACGCGACGAUGGAGAGCAGCAGCACCAGGAUCGUCUGUCCCCUGGACCCCAAACACACCGUGGCUGAGGACCGAUUGGAUCAACACCUGAAGAAGUGUAACUCCAGAGAGAAACCCAAACCCGUUUAUUAUGCAGAGAACAUCAACGCAGGAGAUGAUGAAGAUGAGCCAAAACCACAGGUGAGUCUGUCUGAGGUCAGCAGGUUGGAGUUGGAGUCUCUGGUGGACAAACUAAAGACGGCCACUGAAGAGCUGCAUUGUGAUGUGGAGGACAGAGUUCUGUCUCACCCCGUUCUCCAGGAUGAACUCAGGAACCCAAAGAAUGGAGACUCCGCCCACAAACACCUCAAGCAGCAGUCUUCCAUCCUAGGUCACCUGGAAGAGCUGGAUCUGCUGAGGAGGGGGCGGUGCUUUGUGGAGUUUGGAGCAGGUCGAGGGAAACUGUCUCACUGGAUCUACGAGGCUCUGAAGACCUGCAGGGACCAGGAGUUCUGCGAGGACCUGCAGCUGCUGCUGGUAGAGCGCUGCAGUACUCGAUUCAAGGUGGAUGGGAAACAUCAGGGUGGUGUGGUCCGGUUUGAGAGGCUACAGGUGGACAUCCAGCACCUGGACCUGAGUAAAGCCCGUCCACAGCACAAUCACAACCUUCCAGUGGUCGGAGUUGGGAAACACCUGUGUGGAGCAGCAACAGAUCUAGCUCUGCGCUGCUUAUUGGGAAGAUCUGGACCUGAGACAGAACCACCCACAAAACGCUUCAAACAAUCAGAACCAGGACCAGGUACUGAUCCGGAACCACUAGCUCUACAUCCUGGUCCUAGUUCUGGUUUGGUUCUGGGCCUGGCAGUGGCGCUGUGCUGCCACCAUCGCUGUGAGUGGCGCCACUACGUUGGUCAGCAGUUUUUCCUGCAGCGAGGACUCGGACCGGUGGAGUUCUCCGCCUUCUGUCGCAUGUCCAGCUGGGCCACAUGCGGGCUCAGAGCGACCAAUCAGGACCGACCGUCGCAGGAUCCGACCAAUCAGAGAGAAGAUGACGAGGAGCACGAACCCAUGGAAGCAACGGAUGCUGUGAACCGGUUCUUGUCUCCAGCCGAGCGGCAGCGGAUUGGUCGACUCUGUAAGCUGCUGAUUGAUGCCGGCCGAUGCGACUUCCUGAAGACCAGAGGGUUCGCCAGCAGAUUGAGCCACUACGUGACCCUGGACGUGACCCUGGAGAACGUCCUGCUGACUGCAGUACCUUCAUCAUCAUCAUCCUCAUGCCCUGCCACGUGACUCUGGAGAACGUCCUGCUGCUUCAUCAUCAUUUUCAUGUCCAGUUAUCAUCAACUCAUCCGUUUGAUGACGACGACGAUGAUGAUGAUAAAGAUGAUUAUAACAAUAAAGAUGAUGAUAAUGAUAAAAAUGAUGA